AUGACCUCCGAUAAACAAACCCCCCCUCUCGCCAAACCCUUCACGCCAACCCUCAGUGCCGCCUUUCAUCGCUCCACCAAACCCUCCUUGACGCCCUUGACGCCGAAACUAGCCUCUCCAGGGGGGUAUCGAACUCCCAAACGCUUGAUCCCCUCCGAACAAUACCCCUCGUCCGCCCCCUCCAGACAGGAGACGGACCCGGCCUUCCUGAAUGCCAAUAUCACCCCGCGAUCGGGCUCGCGAGUUAGUAGGCGCGAUGGUGGUCCCUCGCCGGGAUAUACCCCGUCGGGUCGACCGUUCUCGCCGCAGCCCUCGUUGGCAAACUCGACCGUAUCCCAUGCGUCCAAUCCGGGGUAUCGAUCAGAUAGGAGUCCGGUGCGGGCGGCCGGUCGACUGGAACCCGCAAGGACCGGCAGGGCCAAGACGCUGACGGCGGACUCGCAACAAAAUUCGCGACCAAGCUCAGUGUCGGAGCAUUCGUCCCCCCGGUUCUUCCAUGCCUCGGACGCGCGGUCGACGCACCCCGCCGAGGUCGAGCCGCGGCCCCGGGUACCCCCCAAACCGGCCUCCCCCGCCACGUUUAUAUAUGCCAACGGUAAACAGGAGCGUCCGUCUGGGGAGGAACAGGCGUCUACCCUGCCCGUGGUGAAACGGCGCUCGAUUUCCACGGGCCAGCCGCGUUCGGUGGUGAAUGGACCACCGCCGUGCCCCUCCCCCCGACUGCGUUCCGCCCAGCUGGAGUCGAACCUGCGACUGUCCGACAGCUUUACCUCACAGACGAGCUCGCAGGAGGAGUGUGACCCAGUGGGGCCGAUGCAAGGGCCGCCGAUAAGCCAUCUGGCUCGACCCAACCCCAUCAGACAUUUGAAAUCGUCCAGCUUGGACUCGGGCACGAGUGGUACGUCCCCGCGGGAGGGCCUGCGGCCCAGCCCCAUCAUCGUGUCGCCAUCGGAUCCCCGCGUCGACGCGGACGCCCUGGCGUCGGAGCCCCUGCCCGGAGGGCGACCUCGGAUCUUGAGUAAUGGAUCCACAGCCUCGGUCGACACCCAUGCGUCGCCACAAAGUCCCCAGAAGUCGGACAGCAGUGGGCCGAACGACGCGGUGGGCAACGCCCGAAUCGGACGGAAGAUCAUGGAUCUGGAGAUCAGCAACUCCUCGCUCCUGGCCAUCAACCGGACGCUGGAGCGCGAAAUGCGCAAGCAGCAUGCGGAGCUACGACGCUACCGCCGUCUCAGCCGCUCCGGCCGUCUCUCCAUGGUGCCGUCGACGCGCUCGGUGUCUGGGGCUUCUCUGGGAGUCAUGACCGAGGUCGACGAAGUCAGCGAGCUGUCCUCCGUCCGGUCUCCGGACGACCUGUCUGAAUCUAGUGACGAGGAGUCCAUGCCGGAUGAAGGCGUAAUGAGCCCGGGCUCCUUGGCGGACCACGACGCGCGACACCGCCCUCAAGACGAGAAACACUUCUUUGUCGAUCUAGCGAAGCACCAAGAGCUGCUGGGUGAUAGUCAGAAGAUGAACCAAAGCCUGAAGCGGUGUCUAGGGUGGACGGAAGAUCUGAUCAAGGAGGGCAAGAGAGCCCUCGAGUAUAGCGUGCAUGUUAACGACGUCAAGCUGGGAGGGAGAGUCCUCUCGCCUGAAGAACUGUACGAGGUCGGGGAAGGUGCGCAGGGCCUGCUGAGUCCGUCCAACGCCGACGAACCGACCAUUUCCGAUACGGAAUCAUUUGACGAUCACGACGAGACUUGA